AUAUUUACGAAAUUCAGAAUAAACAUGCCACGGAUCAUAGGCCACAACAAUCAAAGUAUUAUUUUUCUCAAUUCGGAUGGUUUAAGGAAUAGUCCUGAACUUCAUUUUUAGAGGCUCGAUUUGGCAUUCAUUAUACUGUAAGAAGACGCAAUACAGUAUAAUUUAACAAUCCUAAACAAUCCUAAAACGGUUCGAAAGACCUCUUUUAGAGAACCUAUUUUACUUCUGUUUCGAACCUUUAAAUGUUCCUUAUACAAGACAGCUUAAAAACCCCUAAAUCACUGCUAUUGUUUUGACUGCUUAUCAGUAUUAACCGCCCACAUGCAUUAUUUUUAGUGUUUGUUACAGAGCCGCUCUUGUUAGUCAAUUACACUUUCUAAAACCAAUUUCGUGUCACAAGGUUGUACAUUCAUCAUGAAAGGAAUUAUACAUAUUGUGGUUAUUUUCUUGACACUUUUUUGUUUCGGAUUAUGUUCUUGGAGCCGUAACCAGAUAACUUUGACGAAUGGUAGAUAUAAAAACUUGCUUAUUGCUAUUAAUAAAGACAUACCUGAAAACCAGGAGCUUAUUGAUACUAUCAAAGAAAUAUUUACUAGUGCUUCAGAGAAAUUACUUAAUGCAACAAAUAAGCGAGUAUAUUGGGAGAGAAUUACCAUUCUGGUUCCAAAAUCAUGGAAACAUAAACCGGAAUACGAAGCCGUCACUUCAGAGAGUUUCGACAGGGCUAAUGUUGCCAUCGACUUCGAAAAUCCUAGAUGGGGAGACAACCCGUACACACAACAACUUGGAGGAUGUGGGGAGCCGGGAGAAUACAUUCAUUUGACACCAAAUUACUUACUGGACAAAUCAACGAGUGAAUAUAUUUGGGGUCCAAUGGAUAAACUUCUAUUACAUGAGUGGGGUCAUCUCAGAUGGGGUCUUUUUGACGAGUAUACCACAGGUGAUCCCGGAUCAGCGCCCUUCUAUGCUACUUCUGAUCAUAUAGUGGAGGCAACACGAUGUUCACUUGCUAUCACAGGUCAAUACGUUAAUAUAUUCACACUAAAGGAAUGUUACCUUGACCCAGAUACCGGUAUCUACCAACCAGAAUGCGUCUUUUUCCCAGACUUAAAUGGUCAGGCGGCCACGGCAUCUAUUAUGUAUGGGCAAUUUAUAGAUUCGGUGUAUACGUACUGUCACAGUGAUUCUAGUGAUCCAUUGGGUUAUCACAACGUCGAAGCGCCACAUAAACACAACAUAAUGUGUAGUAGCAAAAGUUCAUGGGAUGUGAUGUUAGAAUCAGACGAUUUUAAAAAUAAUAACAAUCCACCCAUAGAAGGAGAAGUGGAUACUAAGCCAAUUUUUCGCAUCAUUCAAGCAAGAGAAAGGAGGGUUGUUUUGGUGCUAGAUUCCUCUAACAGUAUGGGGGGAGUAAAAUUAGAGAAGCUACUUCAAGCAGCUACACAUUACAUACGUUAUACCAUUGACGAGGGUAGCUAUGUUGGUAUUGUGGAUUUCUACAGAGAUGCCCACGUAUUGUCCGAAUUGGUCUACAUUGCUGAUAAUGACACAUCACGUGAGACGCUGGUGGCAGCAUUGCCUAGAGUUACUGAUGGGGGAACAAGUAUCGGGUCAGGAGUUUUGAAAGGAAUUGAAGUUCUUUCUCGAAACGACGAAAGCCCGGCUGGGGGAUAUCUUUUGCUCAUCAGCGAUGGAAAAAAUACAAAAUAUCCCGAAAUCAGUGAUGUCAUAGAUGAUGUUACAAAAGCCGGAGUCAUCGUGGACACUAUUGCUUUCACUAACAAAGCUGACACUGAAUUAACCACAUUAAGCGAAAUCUCAGGUGGAAUCGCUUUCUUUUACCGUGGAGAUGAUGAUAUUUCUGUUCUUAAUAAUGCAUUUACCGCUACCGUCACCACAAGGCCAGAUGUUAGUACACAAUCACUUCCAAUAACGCUAUACAGUGAUUCUUUAAAAGUUCCACUUGGUGCGAAUAUCAGUGACUCUGUUUUCAUUGAUUCGACUGUCGGUUUUGAAACUGUAUUCACAUUUUCCUGGAUCGGUACCAUAAUCCAGGUGUGGCUGAAAUCACCGGAUGGAAACUUUGUUAAUCAAAAUCAAUACAUUGUUGAUAAGGACACCAACAUCAUCACAAUCAAGAUAAAUGACACGGCAAUGACUGGAUACUGGGUAUUUACAGUUGCUAAUAUUGAUAAUAGGUCGCCAUCGCAGAUAGUCACCGUCAGUGUAGCAUCAAAACAGUCCUCUAAAGAGGAUCCAAUUGAGGUACUAGCACUAGUCAGUGAUCCCACAAUUAACUACUCAACAGAACCGGUAGUAGUCAUCUAUGCAAUCGUCACCAAAGGCUACCUACCUGUAAUCAAUGCCCAGGUGUUUGCUGUCAUUGAAGGUCCUGAUGCAGUUGAAGAAAUUCAGCUUCUUGACAACGGAGCAGAACCAGAUAUAUCAGAGGAUGACGGCGUAUACUCCGGUUAUUAUUUAGCAUUUUCUACAAAUGGUCGUUAUAGUGUUGCAAUAAAAGCGAACAAUUCAGCCCAGACGGCAAUGGUUAACACGGCAAAGGCCACAGGAUCCUUACCAAUAAAACCAGAAUCAAGUAAUGAGGACUUGCCUGUAUUUGAGCCGAUGGGAAUGUUUGUCCGAAUAACCUCCGGUGGCGUAAUCCAGGUCAAAAAGUACGUCGACGACCCUAAAGAUAACUUAGCCCCUUCUCGAAUUGUGGAUCUCAGUAUAGUAAAGACUUCAUACAGUGAGCAAAGUGUGGUUCUUCAGUGGACAGCAGUCGGCGAUGACUUUAACAAAGGCACUGCAACAAAAUAUGAAUUGAUGGCUGCAAGUAAUUUUUCACAACUGCUCUACGAUUUCGCUAAUUCUAGAUUGGUAACGAAUGAUGAUCUAAUCCGGGGAAAUAUGUCCAUAAUAAGCCCCGCCGGCAUUAGAGAAACCGUCACCAUAAGAGUUCCAACGCGUGGAGAGGACGCAACAUUCUUCUUUGCUAUUCGUGCUCACGACGAGUCAGAUAAUUACGGAGAAGCUUCUAAUAUUGUGUCUGCAAACAUGGAGUAUAUUCCUCCAAUUCCCGAAGAUUCUGGACCUCAUACGGCACUCUGGGCCACCCUAGGUACAUUAUUAGGAAUUGCUGUACUCGCUGGAGUCAUGUUUGUAUUCAUCCGACACAUUGAACAAAAGAAAGAGAAACAAAAUAAAAUAGAACAUUCUGGAAAUGUUAAUAGCGGAAUGGACAAAGCAACGCAUUAUGCACCUUAGGAAUAUAUGUUUAUUUUCCGAAAAAAAUGAUAAGUUAUUAAACAUAAAAUAGAAUAUUUCGUUUUGCUUAACUUACUUGCUAUUUCAAAUGUUUAUUUUAUAAAUGCUAACUGGUGAUAUAAAAUACCAGAUAUCCUCCAUUGAAAGAUGUAGGACUGAUAUCAAAUUAUAAUUAUUAAAAACAAAAUAUUUAACAAAAAAGGCAACUAAAUUUGUAAUUAAGUCUAAGAUCUAUCAGGGUAUAACUCCUAUAGUUAUAUUAUGUUAGUUAACCUAAUAAACAAAAUAGUAGUCACCAAACUGAACAUGUAUAUGUAAUGGCACAAAACACGAUAUUACAUUAAAAAUUGUUGAUACUGUA